GCCGGGAGGGGAGGGAGGAGGAAAGAUCAGCCAUUGCCUGGAAGAAAGAAGACCGAAGUGAACACGCUUCUCCCCUUGGUCGGAAGGGGAAGUUGGCCUCGUCUCGAUUCCGGAGAAGCCGAGGCCGCCUCGACGCCGGCUGCCGGCCUUCCCCGCCCGCCUCCCGGGCCUCCCCAGGUCCUCCGAGCCCGGCUUCCCUUUCCGACCCAGGGGUGGGGCGCGAGAGCCGACGGACGCCGCCGCCGCCCUCGCCCUGGGUCCUCCCAGCGCCUGGAGAGCAAGGGCGUUUCCUGGCCCUGGGCUAGCGACCCCCUCGGGGCCGAGGACGGCGCCGCUCGUUUCUGCUUUGCCCGGGAGGACGGUGGUUAAGACCCGAGAGGAAGCGCUGCCGGCUCGUGGAGACAGGACAUAGCUACCGCCAUGGGAAGCAGACCCAACGUGGCAUGGCUGCUGUUUCUAUUGUUAAAGGUUUCAAGGCUGAAAGGCAAUAUUGAUGCUUCCAUAGAUCUGCAGUGUUACCAGUUAGUAGUACCUAACAACAUUAUGAAUUGCAGUUGGUUUAUUCAGAGAUCCUUUGAUGUUACCACCACCUAUGUCCUCCACUGCAAGAGUCUAAAAUUCAAUCCUGGUCAAACUCACUCAGAGCAGGCUGAGAGGGGACAGAAUUGGUUGGCCAUUGGACGAAGCAAGCUGACGCGGGGAGACAACUACAGUGUUUGGGUGGAGGUUUUCAGUGCAGACUGGAAUGCGACCUCCAAGAAGUUAAACUUCAGCCUGGAUGAUAUAGGUCAGAGACAGUUGCUGCCUCAGGAAGAGGUGGGUCAGGAGGGCCAUGACCUUGAGGACUUGAAGCCAUUCACAUCCUACGAGGUGCAAGCCCGAUGCAUUCCAGAAAAUGGAAACGGUUUUUGGAGUGAAUGGAGUUUGUCCCAAACCUUCACUACCCCUGAAGCAGCUCCGCUGGGUCAGGUGGAUGUAUGGCAAAAAGUGGGUGUUUCCGAAAAUGGUGAACCGAGCCUUCUCCUGCUGUGGAAGGCUCUGGACCCAGAAUCAGCCCAAGGAGUCAUCCAAGACUAUGAAGUCAUUUACCGGGAGCACAGCAAAAAGACCCACAAGAUGCUGUGCGGUUGCUGUAGUGCUAGCCUCCCUCCUACUGCUGAGUAUGCCUGGAUUUCGGCUCACAAUUCCAUUACUAAGACACUGCCUGCCAAUCUGAGCUUGGAGCAAACAGAUCUCCCUGGCCCUGAGGAAGUCCAGGUGCUGGCAGUGCCAGGCCUGGGAUUCAAUGUGACAUGGAAGGCUAGCACAAGCCCUCGGUGGGUUCAGCCUGAGGAGUACAUUGUGGAGUGGGAAGAAGAAGAGGGCCUCAGCAGCAGCAGAGAAGCCCUGGAGUGGAUACGCAGGCCUGGUAGCAGUGACAGCGCUCUGGUGAGAGGUAACUUUAAACCAAAGAUAGCCUAUCGUGUGGGUCUCCAUGCACUAUAUCCUGAGGGAAGCAGCCGCCCAGUCAACGUGCGAGCCUACUUCAAGGAAGAAGUACCAUCCGCUGGUCCCCAAGCACUGCAGGACAGAAGCAUCUCCUCUACUGCCUCUCUCAUCUCUUGGCAGGAGGUUCCCUUGGCGAGUCGCAACGGACACAUAAUUGGCUACACACUUUACCUGAAGGAUCCCACUUCAGAGAACGUCUCUUGCACCUACAUUACAGCAGCUAAGAGGAGCUACAACCUCUCAAACCUGAAACCUGGGACAACCUAUCAGCUCUGGAUGACAGGCUCCACCUUGGCUGGGGAAGGAGCAUCUAGUCCUCCGCAUUACUUCAGCACUCCAGGAGUUUCCAAUUGGCAGACUAUUGUGAUAUCCUUCUUCACCGUGGGAUUCUUGUUCAUCCUGGCUGGCAUUGUGGUGUCGGUUAAGUACAGAUGGGUCCUAAGCUUUUGCCGUAAGAUCCUGCCCUUCUGGUGCUGGCAGAAAAUCCCCAACCCUGGGCACAGCAGUGCUAUCCUGAAGAUGAACGGUCAGAGCACUCUUCCUGGCAUGGAUACUCCAACUCAGCACUUGGGCCAGUGCCCCGAAGAAGCAGACAUCGUGGAGAUAAAAGAGCUUCCAGCCCCAGAGCCAAAACCAUCCCCUGCCCAUGUGGUGAACUCUGGCUAUGAGAAGCAUUUUAUGCCCACCCUGGAAGACCUGCAGAAACUGGUCUGAGAAGAGGAAAGAAGUCACUGAGUUCACCCACUGGGUGACCAGUGGCAGAAUGGGGAAUACCUCAAGCCCAUUGCCUGGGUGCUUGUCUUACGCGAACUGCGUGCAGGUCAGGAUGGCUUUCUGCUGAAGGAUCAUAUGUUGUCUCUCCCAGCAUCUCCUACACCUUGAUGAUCCAAGAGGGAGCUGCCAGUCUCUGAGAUGACAGAUGUGGCCUCAAGACAGCCAUUGAGCGUGUGCUGAAUUUGCCAGAUCUCUGGGAAUGUGAGGGUCCACAUUGGAGCUUCCUCAGGAUUAGGGCUCUCUUGCAGAACUGGAACACCUCAACCGGAGCUCAGAUGCCCUGCGUCUGACUAAGCUCAUGUACGACAUAUAUAGUAUUCAGCCCAUCACCUGGAUACUGGAGCCAAAGGGGCAGCAGUGGGUUUUCAUCCAUAAGCUGAAGUUUCAUCUUAUCUGGCCCUGUUUCAUGUUAAGUGUGUGGUCAGAACCACAGCAGCUGCUAUUAGAAGCAGAGCAUCUGCAACCACAGCCCCAAAGGAGGACACUUACCUUGGGAGGAGGGCUGAGAAAACCUUCCUCAAGAAGGGCUAUAAAAACUGUGUGUGGCUCUUUGGGCCCUGGCUCUUGGCCCAAGAGUGGUCUUAAUGGAUACUUAUGAGACAUUAGGUUUUUAAAUGAAAUUUGAUUUUUUUAAAAAAAGAAAGUUUUGCAUUGGGUCGUGUUCUAUUUGUAAGCUACAGUACUUGAACCCCUUGUUUCCUUGGGAAGUGUCACAAACAUCCUUUCUAAGAACAAAGAGAGACAGCGUGGUAUAGUGGGUAGAGUGAGUCUCUGGGACUCAGGAUACCCAACUUUAAUUCGCUGUUCAGACAUGGAAACUCACUGUGGAGAAGCAGCAGUAAACCGCUCCUUGAACUAACAACUCACAUAGUUUAAAAAAAAACAUAUUUGGGGUUGCCAUAAGUUGAUGGCCCAUAACAACAACAGUGGGAAGGAACCUUUUUACUUGGGUUCCAGAGUCUGCUGUGGGUGUUGUCUUGGGUGGCUAAUACCAGUGGGCAGGGCUAAAGAUAUGAGGUAAAACGGACGAGGCUAGAGGUCAUUCUUACCAAUCUGGACAUUUUCUCCCCAGACAUAUAAGGAUGCUCAGCAUAUCUACUUUGAAAUAAACCCCAUAAGUACAGAAGCUUCUGUGCUGGCAAAGCAGAGGUCAGCUUCAUGCAAUAGGCUCCAAGCCUUCAAAUGGCUUCCUUGCUUCAUUCACUGAUUGCAGAUAACAUUAAGAGAAGCUUGCAACUGGAUGAAGAAGUUCUGUGAAGAAGUUC